CCAACCAACGAAACAGCCGACCCCCACAGCACCAUGAAUCCUACAGAAACAUCCCCCCUCCCCUCUGUCAGUCACAAAGCAGGACAGGCGAGCAUCACAGGCCAGGCUAACGAAUUAAGGCACACUGGCAGCCACCUAUGAAAGAGCAACCGAUCGGCCGGUCAGCCAGUCAGUCAGUCAAUCAAUCAAUUCCGUCACACCCACAGUCGCUUUGGCCGUUGGUUGACAGACAAACGCCAUUACCUACCAGCGACACAUGACCGCUCCCCCACCCCUCAGAAUACAUUCCCCACCCACAGCCACCAACGCACUCACACCAUAGGUAGCCAAGUCGAGUCCAGUGGCCUUCCUCCUCUCGCUCACGUGUGUGUAUGCCUCAGGCGGGCGCAACGUAGGACGGUGGUGGGGAUGGAUACGCACUUAUGCACCUCAGCCGAUGUUCUCAAAGCAAGGCGUUGCUCACGCGCAGUGCCCAGAUGCAGAAGGCGAGCGCAGCGGCCGCACCUAUGAUCAAGAAGACAUGCUCCCAAAACGACAUGAGCCUCCCCAAUUCUCCGUGCAUCAACAUGAGGGGGGGUCCUAGCACCGCCACUACGACUGCGCAAAAGCUGCAGAGGGUACCCAUGAAGCUGAGGAUCCAGAGGGGGACCAUGGCCGCCUUCACGAACCCCCCACCGGCUUGGUACCACUUCUUCAGACGCUCAUUCGCUCGGGCGAGGGCUCUCUCACUGGCCUGGAAUCGGUCCUCGAGAGCCACGAUGGCCUUGUCUCUCUGCUGCAGGGCCUCUGUGGUGUUGUGAAGGUCCUCCGUGAGGCGCGCGACCUGCUCGUGGAAGGCCGUGAUUGCGGCAGUCUUAUUCUUCAGAUCCGCGGUGGCCGUUGCCAGAUCCGCUGUGGCCGUUGCCAGCUGAUCCUGGAGAAGCACGUUUGCCGCCUCCUUCUCACCCAUGGCCACCUCGUGUUGGCCGAUCAGUGCGUCCUUGUCCACCAGGUGCUGCUGCAGGGCCUUGAUUGUUGCCUCGUGAGCCACCAGCUGCACACGGUUGAUGUCGCCAAUGACAACGUGAGCCCAUGCGGCACCGCCAAGCACCACUAGUAGAAGGAACAGCAGGCAGUUGGCGCCGCCAGAGGCUGGGAGGGUGAUGGUGAUGCUGCCCUUGGCGGCUCUCUCCGCUCGAAUGAGUUGAUCUCCCGCCUCCUCCAGUGUCAUGACGCGAGGCGACGAGCCCAUCAUAACACCUGAACCGACUCAGAGAUGCAUCCACACAAGCACAGCCGCCGCGCCUGAAAUCAGGACCAAAGGUCAGACGAAUUCAUUUCAACAGCGUCCGAUCUAUCUCAGCGGCUCUGACCCGUCGGGCCGGGACCUCGGUGUCCGUUAACGAACGAACGAAUGAACGAACGUUCUUGGAGGGAAGGGUCGUUUGCGAGCUCGAGGAUCUCUGCUGGCUUCUUCUCAGCUCGCUGUUCGUCCAU